UCACGCUGAUGAUUUGUGGGAUAGCGGAAUGGCGACGGCCACCGAAAGUUGUUUACCUUCCGUAGGAUUUCCCUACGUCUGCUUGUUAUGUUUUCCCGUGUACGUCUUCUGACGGCACGGAUGACGGAGUCCCGAACGAAAACGUGAUAUUAAUGAAUCUCAAAUAACAUACAUACUACGAGGCGAUGGGGAACAAACAAAAUAAAUUGUCCGACGAAAAGAAAUGGCACUCGAUGCCAGUUGUCGACUCGGUCAGCCAGAGUGGCAGUGUGCGAAGCACCGGGAGCCUAGGAAGCCUGGUGAAGGAAAAGUUUCGAAGCUGGGGAUCGAUACGCAGUCUUGGGUCGUUGAAGGGCUGGGGCGCACGUCGCUCAUCGUCCAAGGUUCUUGGACAGGUUGGACAAGGUGCCUUUGGUGAAGUUCUCAAAGUUGUCAAGCGAGACAGUGGUAAAAAAUUUGCGAUGAAAGUUUUGUCGAAGGCAGAAAUAUUCAGGGGGAAUGCUGUGCAGCAAUGCAAAGAUGAAGUAACAAUUCAGUGGAUGCUCGGACAUCAUCCCUUUAUCGUACAGAUAUUUCACUACUGGCAGAGCAGGAACAGUCUCUACAUCGUCUUCGAGUACAUGUCACAUGGAGAGAUGUUUGAGCUGUGGAAGAGGGAAGGCCGUUUCAGUGAAGAAGUGACCAGAGUCUAUUUGUCUGAGCUCUCCCUCGCACUCGACUAUCUACACAACUCCGGCGUCAUCUAUAGGGACAUAAAGAUGGAAAACAUUUUGCUCGAUAGAAACUGGAAUAUUCGACUGGUGGACUUUGGCUUGUCUAAAUGGUUGACCAAGGGCUCCAAGACACAAACCAUCUGUGGCACAUUAAUUUACAUGGCCCCAGAAGUGCUGAAUAUGGUGCAAUAUGAUCACAGAGCAGACUGGUGGUCCCUAGGAAUCCUCAUGUAUGCACUGCUGACUGGCGAGUAUCCAAUAUAUGGAGUGAAGCAUCAUGGCAAGAUGGCCGAUAUGGUGGACACGUUUAACUACUCCCUGGACAACUCCUACUCGAAGGACACACGGAAUUUACUCUCAAAACUGUUAUGCAAGAGUCCGGACAAGCGUCUACACACGCUGAAGGCUCUAAAGAAACAACCCUUCUUCAAGGGGUUCUGUUACGAAGACAUCCUCGCUAAGAAGAUCUCUCCGCGGAACAUGCUGCGAUGUGAGAAGUACAUGCGUGACAACGACAGCGACGUCUACAGGUAUCCGCAAACCUGUUAUGCAGAUGAUAAACUAAAUGGUAUAGGCGUGCAUCUUAAGUAUCCAAUAUAUGGAGUGAAGCAUCAUGGCAAGAUGGCCGAUUUGGUGGACACGUUUAACUACUCCCUGGACAACUCCUACUCGAAGGACACACGGAAUUUACUCUCAAAACUGUUAUGCAAGAGUCCGGACAAGCGUCUACACACGCUGAAGGCUCUAAAGAAACAACCCUUCUUCAAGGGGUUCUGUUACGAAGACAUCCUCGCUAAGAAGAUCUCUCCGCGGAACAUGCUGCGAUGUGAGAAGUACAUGCGUGACAACGACAGCGACGUCUACAGGACAACGUCGGAGGAAAGUGUCAUGCUCUGUGAUGGUGAACCCACCGUCAACCUACGCAGGGUCGAGUCCACAGUGACACGCCGGCAUAUACAGACGUUUGAGAGUCUUAAGAAGGCGAAUCUGCGACGAGCGUCAGCGCACAACAGCGCCCUCUAUAGCGACUACGACACGGCGCCUUACAACCGCAGCCGUAACCGUAGCAACAUCAAUCAGCUAUACGACGAGUUUCCCGAUCUCUCGACGCGCAUCGUCGCCGACGGGAGGGCGCCACCGACGUCGCUCGACGGGAGGGCGCCACCGACGUCGCUCGACGGGAGGGCGCCACCGACGUCGCUCGACGGGAGGGCGCCACUGACGUCGCUCGACGCGUGCAGGCAAGUUGUCGUCGCGUCCCCGCGCAUCAUUGAUUGCAGCUUGAGAAACCUCUGCGCGCUUCGCUGCGAGGCUAGGCGGAAAUGCAUUCGCGUUGUUGCGAGUCGCUGCAUUUUUUUGUAA